AGUAAAUUACACUAUAUAUGUUAGAGAAUAAGUAAUAAUAUUGAAUAAAAUAUAAAUUAAAUGUCAGAGGAAUAAGAAAUAGAUUGGGGAGUUGGUGCUUUAGCUUUAUAUGCAAUGGUAAGAGCAACAAAAGAUUGUGCAAAGAGAUGUGGAGCAUUGCAAUUGAAAAGAGACAUAAAUGAGAUAGAAUCAAAAUGUUUAUGUACAAAUAAAAAUUAAGAUCUUAGAAAAAUGUUCUGUUUUUCAUGCAGGAUCCUCAAGUACACACUUAAAAUUGUUAAUAAAUUAUGCGGAAACAGUGCACCUUUAGUGAA